GAUUUUGACCCACCAUCAUAAUGGAAAUGGGGAUUAUAGUUGAGAUGAUAACGUGAAUAAUACCGUCAUGCCACACUGGUUGACUGAUUGCAUGUUAGUAUUUAUAUUCUCUUUUUUCUCUAGCAAAAUUAUUUUAUGUUUUUUUAGUCAUUUCACAUGUUCCUUGUUUCUUUAAACUGUAGUUAUUGUUCGGUUGUAACGUUUGUUACUGCUUUUGUACCCCAGUACGGUGAUAGUUUUAGGCGCUGGGAUGUGGGCUGCACUGACGUCGAAGAUCUUUCUUCAUACCUUGGAACAUCAUCAGUUCGUAUACAGACCUGCAGUUGCCUGUUCACCGCUAGGAGGCAGUGUUCUCUGUGGGUUGUCCUGUGAAGGGGGCGUCCUGUCUACUGUUGUAACAGACAACCUGGAUUCGUCUUCAUCAGUCACAGUCCACCCUCGGGUUCACAGCUCGCUCAGGACAUCCGUGUUUUGGUUCACUUCGCAGUUUCAGCGGGACGGAAGGCGGAAAUGCAGCCGAGAGAUGCACGGCGUAUGUAGGGAGAAGAUAACACAGAGCACCGCUGAAUGAAAACAUCAACACCAGCAGCAGCAGUACAGCAGUAGUGGUGUUGUAACCUCACCUUCUUCCACUGUCAUCGCUGACAAACACUCCGCUCUGAGCCGCAGGGAGGAAACGGUCACUGGAGAUGGACUGCAGGGCACUGACAACAUCAUGUGUCUGUGGUUCUGAAAUCACCUUAAAAACGUCCGCUGUCAGCUGAACGGCGCGGGGAGAAGUGCUCAGAUCUCAUACAUUCUGCCUGGGUAGAGGAGCUGAGGGAGAGGAGCAUCUCUCCACAGUAGCAGUCUGAAAACAAACACUAACAAGGACAACCAUGCUGAUCAAGGAGUAUCACAUACCCAUGCCGAUGAGUGUGGAGGAGUACCGCAUCGCUCAGCUCUACAUGAUCCAGAAGAAGAGCAGAGAGGAGAGCUGUGGUGAGGGAAGUGGGGUGGAGAUUCUGGAAAACCGGCCGUACAAGGAUGGACCCGGAGGCACGGGGCAGUACACACACAAGGUCUAUCAUAUCGGGAAACACAUCCCUUCUUGGUUUUGUGCCAUCCUGCCUCAAGCUGCGCUGCGAGUAGAGGAGGAGUCUUGGAAUGCCUACCCCUACACAAGAACCCGGUAUACCUGUCCCUUUGUGGAGAAGUUCUCCAUCGACAUAGAGACAUAUUAUAAACCAGACACUGGAAGUCAAGGGAAUGUCUUCAGUCUGUCCUCUGUUGAGAAGAGACAAAGAACCGUAGACCUGAUAGAUAUCGUCAAGGACUACAUCGCUCCUCAUGAGUACCUGGUGGAGGAGGACCCCAAGCUGUACCAGUCCGUCAAGACCAAGCGGGGUCCACUGUCAGACAACUGGAUUGAGGAGAUCAACCAGGAUAUGUGCCAGAGCCCCGUCAUGUGUGCCUACAAGCUCUGCAAAGUGGAGUUCAGAUACUGGGGCAUGCAGUCCAAGAUUGAACGCUUCAUACACGACGUGGGUCUACGUAAAGUGAUGGUGCGUGCCCACAGGCAGGCCUGGUGCUGGCAGGACGAAUGGUACGGCCUGACCAUCGACGACAUCAGGCAGCUGGAGCUGGAGACUCAGCUGGCUUUGGCCAAGAAGAUGGCCCAGUACAGCCUGAGUGAGGAGGGCGCAGCGGAGACCAAGGGCUUCUCUGUGGGCCAGGACCAGGAGUCAGGAGCCGAGACCCAAGGAACAAAAAGAGAGGAUGCAGAGGACGGGAAGGUUGGAGAUUCACUGGAGUCGAGAGGAGAACUCACCAAGCAGUGGUCCACAUCCUCCAGAUCCUCCAACAGGUCGUCGAAGAGAGGAGGAAGUCCGUCUCAUCAGAGUAUCUCAGAGUGGAGGAUGCAGAGCAUUGCGCGGGACUCAGAUGACAGUACAGACGACGAGUUCUUCGAUGCUCAUGAGGACCUGUCUGAUAAUGAAGAAAUGUUUGCCAAAGAAAUCACCAAGUGGAGCUCAAAUGACCUGAUGGACAAGAUAGAAACAAUAGAGGUGGAUGAGCCACAAGAAGCUUUGUAUCCAGAGUCGGGCGGAGAGUACGCAGUGAUGAGUAACGAGGACACACAGAUGGAGGAUUGUUCCUCUCAGCAGUGUCUCCAGCCGUCCAAAAUCCAUGUCCUCAUCCUGGUCUUAAAUGGAGGAAACAUUCUGGACACCGGCUCAGGUGAGCAGAGCAGCAAGCAGGGAGAUGUGAACACACUGAGUGGGGCCUUUGAGACCGUGAUGAGGCUCCAUUACCCUGCAGUGCUGGGACGCAUCGCCAUCAGGAUGGUCCCGUGUCCUGCUGUGUGUGCUGAGGCGUUCUCACUCGUCUCCAGCCUCAGUCCCUACAGCUAUGACGAGGGCUGCCUGUCCAGCAGUCAGGACCACAUCCCACUGGCUGCUCUGCCUCUUUUGGCGACUUCCGCACCUCAGUAUCAGGAUGCCGUGGCGACCGUCAUCUUACGAGCCAAUCAGGUGUAUAGUGACUUCAUCAAGUCUUUAGAUGGAGCUUCUUUUACAGGACAGGUGUGUGUCAUCGGGGACUGUGUCGGUGGGAUUUUGGGAUUUGACGCUCUGUGCAGCAGCUCUGUGACAGUGUCGGAGAGUCAGAACAGCAGCAGACGAGGCAGCACUAUCAGCGCUCAGGACACGGACCUUCUCACUCCAGGUAUUGUCAUCAACAGCAUCGCUCCGUCUUCACCGUCCCUUGAAGGAAGCCGUCACCUCAGCCGCAGCAACAUUGACAUUCCUCGCAGCUCAGGGCCUGAUGACCCCAAGAAACAACUUCCACGCAAGCGCAGCGACUCGUCCACGUACGAGCUGGACACCAUCAAACACCACCAAGCCUUUCUGUCCAGUCUCCACUCCAUCGUACUUCACGCUGAACCAGGAUCACGACGUUCUAGCAACAGCACAAUGUUGGAGGGAGGCUCUCUGGGAAAGUUUGACUUUGAGGUCACUGACUUCUUCCUCUUCGGCUCUCCUCUGGGACUGGUGCUGGCUCUGAGGAAGACUGUGGUGCCCACGUUGGACGUGUCUGCUCUGCGUCCGGCCUGUCAGCAAGUUUACAACCUGUUUCACCCAGCCGACCCCUCUGCUUCACGCCUGGAGUCGCUCCUGGACAGGAGGUUCCACCUGCUGCCUCCCUUCAGUGUUCCCCGCUAUCAGCGUUUUCCCCUGGGCGACGGCCACUCGGCUCUGCUCCCCGAUACUGUGCAGAGCAAUCCUCAUCUCCUCAUUGACUCUGGUGGUGCAGCGUCCCAGCGUUGUCAGGAGAGCAGCAUCAGUGAGACGUCCAUCCCUGUUCCCAUCUUCAAUUGGCAAAUGUCACAGCUCCAUGCAGAGACAGAUGCUCUUCCCUCACAUCCUCUGGUGGAUGGUCAGUCUUCUCUCUCUACAUCACCUGGACUCCCUCACCUUCGCUGUAACCGCAGGGCUAGCGAGGCUAGCAUUGCCAGCCAGGUGUCCGGCUUAGCCGAUGCUUACACCGCCUCCAACAUCGCCUCUACUCACAAAGUGAGCCACACUCAAAGGCCCAGUCUGAAGUCUGUCCUGGCUCUUCCCUACCAUAAAUGUGUCACUCGGGCAUCGUCCUUUCGCUCGUACAACAAAGUUCAUCAGGUGUUUCACAGACCUAACAGCGUGGAGUCUGAGCACAGCUCGGCUUUGACCCCUGACAUGACCUCGGGAAUCAAGUCUGACUCACCUGAUGUAUCUUCUAACAUCACUGACAUCAGCUCUACUCCGCCGUCACCCAGGGUGUCAGAGAACGUAGAACAAGUCGCCUCCCGGUGGUGGGGAAGUAAGAGGAUUGACUACGCCCUCUACUGUCCUGAUGCCCUGACGGCGUUUCCCACGGUGGCUCUGCCACAUCUUUUCCACGCCUCCUACUGGGAGUCCACAGAUGUAGUUUCCUUCCUCCUAAGACAGGUGAUGAGACAUGAAAACUCUAGCAUUUUGGAGCUUAACGGUAAAGAGGUGUCGGAAUUCACUCCCUCCAAACCUCGGGAGAAGUGGCUUCGCAAGAGGACUCAUGUCAAAAUAAGAAAUGUUACAGCAAACCAUCGUGUAAAUGAUGCAGUGUUUACAGAGGACGGAGUCCAGCAGGUGACUGGACGCUUCAUGUACGGCCCGUUGGACAUGGUCACACUCACAGGGGAGAAGGUUGACAUCCACAUCAUGACCCAGCCUCCCUCUGGAGAGUGGGUGUACUUCGACACGGAGCUCACCAACAGCAGUGGGCGUGUCUCCUACGUUAUUCCUGAAAGCAAAAGGCUGAGCAUGGGUGUAUAUCCAGUCAAAAUGGUCGUCAGGGGCGACCACACGUGUGCAGAUAGUUAUCUUACCAUUUUACCAUGGGGAGCGGAGUUUGUUGUGUUUAGCAUUGACGGUUCUUUCGCUGCCAGCGUGUCCAUCAUGGGCAGCGACCCAAAGGUGCGAGCUGGAGCUGUGGACGUGGUGAGGUACUGGCAGGACUUGGGCUACCUGAUAGUGUAUGUAACAGGUCGCCCUGACAUGCAGAAGCAGCGUGUGGUGGCCUGGCUUUCUCAACACAACUUUCCUCACGGCAUCGUCUCCUUCUGCGAUGGCCUAGUUCACGACCCGCUGCGACACAAGGCCAACUUCCUCAAAUAUCUUAUCAAUGAGGCACACAUGAAGAUCUUUGCAGCCUACGGGUCAUCCAAGGACAUCUCAGUGUACUCGUCCAUCGGUCUGUCUCCCUUUCAUAUCUACAUUGUGGGAAGGCCCACAAAGAAGAUGCAGCACCAGUGUCAGUUCAUUGCAGACGGCUAUGCUUCCCACCUGUCCCAACUGGAGUUCAACCAGAGGUCUCGCCCGGCUAAGUCGGCCAGCACACGCAUGGUCCUCCGCAAGAGCAGCUUCGGUCUGGGAGCGGCCGGUGGAGACUUCCUCCGUAAACGCAACCACAUCUUUCGUACCAUUUCCUCUCAGCAACCUGGAGGAGUCAGGUCGGCCUCGCCGAACCAGCAAGGACGGACUGAACGAACACAAAGCCAAUGUGAGGUGGAGCGUGAUCGAACUGCUACGUCUACUCAAAGAAGUAUGAGUAUAGCUGCAGCAUGCUGGGGCCGCAGCAGGGAGGGCAGCACAGGGUUACUAGGCACAAAAUAACUCCUGUUAGGGGGCGCUGGGGUAAAGGACUUGUUCUAAGCCCUUUUAAUUUUUGAACUAGACCUAGGCUGAAAGAAAAGAGUAGAAAAGGAGAGCUGCCAUUUUGGAUACAGGACCAGGACAUGGACAUAAUAAGAGACUUAACUAGACCAGGAGAGGUCAGUGUAGAGGAGAUCUUUAUCCAGAUGGAGCUUUAAAUAGAACAAAAGACAAUUCUGUAGCAUGACUCUUUUACAGUUACACUUUUUUACAGGAUAAAUUACUCAUUAGUUUAAAGAAUUGACCAUAAACAGUCAAAGGAAACGUUGUAAGCCUUAAACUAAUCCACCACAUUCUCAGUGUGACCUGCAGAGCUAAACUCAAUGUAAACUGUCUAGUUGUGAGUCCCAGGCCAUAAAAAUCCUAGCAGCCACGAUGAAAAGCCAAUGACAUUUGCAUUUGUUUUUUGUCCCGCUGUUUGUUUAGUGUUUUUUUCAGAUAGUGACAAUAGGAAAGAAAAAAUAAUGAAAAGUAAUGAAGAUGAAAUCAAAGGCUUCAGGUCUUAGAAUUUAUUAUUAUUAUUAUAAGUCAGUUUGCCUUAACAUGACUGACAGUUACAACAUGGAGUAUGAUACAUUUUAUUAUCUUUAAAAAAAUUAAGAGAUAAAAUAAAAAAACCCCACCAAGACUGAAAAUUAAAGGCCCAACAGUAAGUUCCAUAGAGUAACUGAUAAAAUGUGUUUGUAUUCUGGGUGAACUGAUCCUUCAAACCAGGAGGUUACAGAUAUAUUGUAGCAGUGAAGGAGGUCCAUUUACCUUAAACCUGCAUUAGUGUCUGAGACUGGAGUUAGGGGGUUUCUUAGUGUGGCCCGCGGCUGCACUGAGGCCUUAAUGUCUGACUGACACACAGUCCACAAUUGGAACUGGAAGCCAAAAGACAAAAAAACAGGGCAGCAUCAAGAGACGACGUCACCUCUACCUACAAACUGUGUACAGUCCACAGCAACAAUCCCUUUACACUGCUUCAAAUACUGUUGGUGGAGCUCUGUUUCCCACUCAUGCAGCUGCUGAUGCAGCUGCUGCUGCUGCUGCUGCUGCUGCUCACAGACAGUACGUUCCUUGGCCUUUGACUUUCAUGAAACAGAAGUGUGUGUUUCUGCUGAGGUGACCAUUACCUUUCACACUCUGUGGAAGAGAAGCCAGAAUGUCCUCUUACAGUGACCCGUCAACUUCAGUAUGUUUUUGCCAAAUGGACCAAAGAGUGGGACACAGGUACAAGUAAUUUUUCAUAAAUGUUGGAAAUGGCUGAGUUGAACAAUAAGUUCACUGCUGUGUAUUUUUUGUGUCUGUUCACUGAGCUGUUUUCAAUGAAAAUAGACAAAGAAAAAGACAGGCUACAAUUUAGUCAAUUUAAUUUAAUAAACAAUGUGCACAAAAUGAUUAGAUUUAGCUUCUUAUGCUCACCCGCCUCCCCGCCCUCUUUUUCUCCCUUAUAAAAACUUUUGGCCAUUUUCUCACUGUACAGAUCAUAGCACUACCUGUAUUGAAACUGGACAAUCACCACUAAAACACCGGCAACAACUGCCUACAAUACAAUACAAUGAAGCCUCCAACAAAUAAGGAAAUAAAUUGUGUUACAAGCCGAUUAACUGCAGAAAACACCAUUUUAAAUUCUACUUAAAAGCAUUGAAACGUGUGUCCAGCAGAGAAUCUUUCAGCUGCUGUACCAUCAACAGUUUUAUAGAGAUAAUUUAAAAGGUCCUAAAACCGAAUAGAAAAAAACCCUGAAUUUAUACCAAUAAUUUCACCUUGUCCUCCACCUAAGUCUAAACACGUCAACACGCAGUGUUUGACAAGUCAUUCAAAUCCGAGAUAUUUUGAAAUGAUAACAUGUUUUUUUUUAAACGUUGACCUUGUAAAACAAAAAAGGGCUUAGAGAUAUCUAUAACCCGUGACCAAGAUAAAUUGCGGUGUCAUACCAGUCCUUGUUCCUGUUCUUCACACCUGAGAAUGUCACAGAACCUUCAUUCACACCUUUGUUUCAAAUCCAGCUUCUUGGUGUCCUUCUUCAGCAGCUGUUAGACCCAGUACGAAGCCAAAACAUGAUCUCAUAAUGUAUUUAAUCAACUGUGUGACCUCAUUGUUGUUUUUGCACUAUUUUACAAUAGAGUGUUGCUUUUACCAUCUUGUGUUGCAGUGUUUAAACACCUUUGCAGUGCAUGACACUUUAUUUAUUUCAGGGUGUAAUGUAUGUGUGUGCAGGGUUGCACGUGUCUCUAUAUUUGUCAGGAUGUGACAAAAGGCAAAUUGAAGUGCCAAAACAGACUAUUUUUAAUUAGAAUUUGUAAAUUGUAACUCUUGAGAAAAUCUGCAGGACUUUCCAUUAGAAAUGCUAACCACCUGUAUGGCUUUGAGAUGUGAUGAAAAGUAAGAAUAACAACAUCCACAGAAAUUAUUCUAACAUAUCCGAGUGACUAAGUUAUUAAUCCUAGGAAAAUGUCUGUUUUGAUAGAAAAGAAACUGUAUUUACCUUAUAAUGUAGUUCAUAUUUUCAGACAUGUUUAACUGAAGUACUAGCAACAUGCUAGUAACAUAGCUAGCAUAACUUCUCUGCUAGCACAGGCACAAAACGCAGCAGGCUCACCCUCAGUACCAGUUAAACAGUGAGAUUCUGACUGACUAUGUUGAAGGACCUUCAGUAGUCACUUUUGAAAAAGACAAAAUGUGUCUUUAAUGAAAUUAAAGACUUCUACAGUUCUUGGGGAGAGUUGAAGCAACAAAAAAAAAAAAAAAAAAGGCUUAGCUUGUCCAAGCAGUAUAAACCUUUUCCACAACUACCUUUUACUCCUGGUUGAUAAUAUUAGCAUGUUCCUGACAAGAUAAGCAUGCUGUCCUUCUAACACUUAAAUAUCAGGUAGUUGAACUUUAGCCUUUGUUAGGAACCAAAAACAAAUAAAGUUUUACUUAUUCAAAACAAAUCAUUAGAACUGUAUGUUGCCACAGUAUCUCCAUCAAGGUUUUAGCUUCUGAUUACAACAUGUUAAUUGUUUACAAAAUUGGCUGAAGUUGCACACGUAAGGUAACGAGCAAAUACACACAUAAGCACAGGACAUUCAUUCAGUCCUCAUUUCUAGGCGUAUUUGAUAAAAAACCAGUUGACUUAAAACCAGUUGACACUUCUUACCAAACAUGUACUGUAUGUCCAGUAGGGACCCCCUUAUACUGUAUGUGAUGUAUCUAUAUCACCCUGUUUAUGCGUCUGAGUUUAAAGCGCAUUACUUCACCAAUGCACUAGAGGGCGAAACGUGUGCGUAAUUU